UACAUGAUGUACAAAGCGCAGAAAAUUUUACUACAAGCAGUUGAAGUCGAGCGAUCGAUCGACGGAACAGAAACUAACUAUGUCGAAGUCCGUAAAGAAACUUGUAGAGGAAACUAAAGAACAAGGUUAUACAGAGUUAGAACUCUGUGACAAAAGCUUGUCUUCUAUAGCAGACAUCCCUGGAUUGAGUAAGUGCACAGGCCAUUCUUACUUGGUAUUCUCUAGGGUGAAUCGACUAAGUUCCCUGCCCAGAGGUUUGGGGACGGCUUCUGGUUUGGAAAUCCUGGAUUUAACAUACAACAAUCUCAACGAAAAGUCACUACCAGGAAACUUUUCUGUUAUGAAACAAUUACGAGCUCUCUACCUUGGAGACAAUGACUUUGAAACCUUACCUCCUGAGAUAGGAGAGCUUAGAAAUCUUCAAGUGCUUGUGUUAAGAGAUAACGAUCUAAUUGAAUUACCAAAAGCUCUUGGAAACCUUGUACGGCUGAAGGAACUCCAUCUUCAGAACAACAGACUUACUGCCCUACCUCCAGAGCUAGGUGAGCUUGACAUGGCCAACCCUCGGCAUUUGUUCAAAGCAGAAGGCAAUGCAUGGAUACAGCAGCUUGAAGAUCAAAUUGUUCUGGGUCCUUCACAUGUGUUUGAGUACAUCAAAACUGAUGGAUACAAAAGUUUGUAUGAGCGUCACAUUACAUCAGGUGCAGCUCCUCCACCAAAGAAAGAAAAAGAGAAGACAAUGAAGAGAAGCAGAAGAAAGUGAUGUCUCUAGCAUACCUUAGUAAAUUCUGGUCGUGCCUGUUAUGGUGUUUUUCGACCUUAUGGAUUCUAAUAUAAUUUUUACAAACCAAGGAGUUUGAACUUCAAGGUGCUUGACAUUUUGCGAAACAGCUGUUGAUGUUGGUGAAGCUGGUAUCUGAAUGCAGCAAUCAACCCCAUCCUUUCCCUCCACAGAUUUAAUUUCCAAAUGAGGACACUAUGUAAAGUCUUACAAUUUAAUGUAGCAAAUUAUUGGUGUAAAGAAACAAAAAUACUUAUGUUUUUACAAUAGAUAGUGUUUUUUCAAUAUAUAAAUACAACUUCUCAAACUGUAUAAUAUGUAUUAUGGUCUGCAGCUAAAUAAUAUUACAUGUAAGAUAAAUGUUUUCUGCAGUUUGUGUAAACUUUAGCAGUGGAAAGGUCGGAACAUCAAGACCAAUAAAUAUGAUUAUUUUCUUAAAAUAGCAACAUUUUUUAUUUCAAAGUGAAUAAACAUUCAAAUACUUAAAACAAAGUACAAUAAUAAUUAUUAUUAUUCUGCUAUCGGUGUUGACUUUUUUGAAGGUUAGCAAUAGCAACAUUUUUAUUUGCUUAUUUCAAACUUACUAACAAAAGUGAGGAAACAUCAAAAGUAGAAGGAGUCUGUGGUUAAGCAACUUAUGACAAAAACUGUAAUUCUGGUUGUCAGGUCUCAGUGAAGAGAUUCCAGCUAAAAUAUAUUUUGUACUUGUUGCAAAUCCAAAUAUAUUAAAAAUACAAAUAGCACACAACAA